AUGAACCCAUUUGGAACCUUAACUACUAACCAUAGCUCGUGGCCCGUUUUGCUGUUCAUUUAUAAUCUCCCUCCGUGGUUGUGCAUGAAGCGAAAGUAUGUUAUGCUGAGUAUGAUGAUAGCUGGUCCAAGACAACCAGGUAAUGAUAUUGACGUAUAUCUAAGACCGUUAAUUGACGAUUUGCGGAAAUUGUGGGAUGAAGGGGUUGAUGUAUGGGACGCAAAUUUGCAGCAUGCUUUCAAGUUGCGUGCAAUGGUUUUUUGUACCAUCAAUGACUUUCCAGCCUACGGAAAUUUAAGUGGAUAUAGUGUCAAAGGACAUCACGCAUGUCCUAUAUGUGAGCAGAAUACUAGUUUCCGCCAACUUAAACAUGGAAAGAAGACUGUGUAUACUAGGCAUCGAAGAUUUCUCAAACAGUAUCAUCCGUAUCGACGCUUGAAGAAGGCAUUCGAUGGAAGUCAAGAACAUGAAACCGCGCCAAAUCCAUUAACUGGUGAUGAAGUAUAUCAGCGGGUCAAGGAUGUCGUAAAUAUGUUCGGCAAGUCCCAAAAAAAACCAUCAUCCACUUCAAACAUGUGGAAAAAGAAGUCUAUUUUCUUUGAUCUUCCGUACUGGUCCGAUCAUCAUGUUAGGCAUUGUAUAGACGUCAUGCAUGUCGAGAAAAAUGUUUGUGAUUCUUUAAUUGGGACCCUCCUAAACAUUAAAGGCAUGACAAAGGAUGGUUUCAAGUGUCGUCAAGACUUGGUUGACAUGGGUAUACGUCAAGUGUUGCAUCCUAUCUCAAAAGGUAACAGGACAUAUCUGCCCCCAGCCUGUUACACAAUGUCAACAGCUGAAAAGAGAAGUUUUUGUGAAUGCUUGCGUAAUAUCAAAGUCCCACAAGGCUACUCUUCAAACAUCAAGAGUCUUGUGUCUGUGAAUGAGCUUAAGUUGGUUGGCUUGAAAUCACAUGAUUGUCAUGUGUUAAUGCAACAACUUUUGCCUGUUGCAAUCCGCGGAACAUUGCCUGAGAAGGUCCGUGUUGCAAUCAGUCGCUUGUGUUUCAUUUUUAAUGCUAUAUGUGCCAAGGUCAUUGACCCUAAACAGUUGGAUGCUUUGGAAGAUGAGGUUGUCGUUGUCCUUUGUCAAAUGGAGAUGUUUUUCCCUCCUUCAUUUUUUGACAUUAUGGUACACUUAGUUGUUCAUCUGGUAAGGGAAAUAAGGUGUUGUGGUCCUACGUAUUUUAGAUGGAUGUAUCCAGUUGAGCGGUACAUGAAGGUCUUAAAGGGUUAUACGAAGAAUCGACAUCGACCAGAGGCCUCAAUAGUGGAAAGAUACGUUGCUGAAGAAUGCAUUGAGUUUGCCUCACAGUACAUUGACUCAUUGAAACCUGUCGGUGUUCCUGCAUCCCGGCAUGACCAGCCAAUAGCCGGCAAGGGUACUCGUGGAUACAAUGUUGUGACAAUGACUAGACAUGACGUGUCACAAGCACAUUUGUAUAUAUUAAACAACACAACAGAGGUGUUUCCGUACAUAGAGGCUCACAAAAAACAUGUUAGAGAUAGUCACCCCAAAAUGAACAUGAUGAGGGUAUUGCAAGAGCACAACAAAACUUUCAUAAAUUGGUUUAGACAAACAAUACUUGCUGAUAAAAGUGUUUCCAGACGACUCACAUUGUUAGCCAUUGGCCCAAAUUUGAAUGUCCCUACAUGGAAGGGGUAUGACAUUAACAAUUAUUCAUUCUACACAAAGUCCCAAGAUGAUAAAAGUUCGGUACAAAACAGUGGGGUCUGUGUUGAUGCUGAUUCGGAGCACUUUUCCAGUACAUCGGAUAACAACCCCAUUCGAGCAUCCAUGUCUUACUUUGGUGUCAUUCAAGAAAUUUGGGAGGUUGAUUAUACAUCAUUUAGAGUGCCUGUUUUUAAGUGUCAGUGGGUGAACGGGACAACAGGUGUGUUUCAAGAUCCAUUGGGAUUUACUUUGGUAGACCUUAGUAAGGUGGCAUAUAUAGACGAACCUUUCAUUAUGGCAGCACAAGCCAGACAAGUUUUCUAUGUACAAGAUCCAUGUAAUUCAAGUUUGUCUGUGGCUCUGCAAGGAAGACCAAGUGGAAUGAAUUACCAUAAUGAUGAGUCAACCCUUGACAUUGGUCAAAUGUCUAGUUUUUCAAAACAAUUGCCUUCAAUGAAUGAAGCUGAUGAAGUGGAUGAUGGACAUGCAAAUCGUGUAGAUCAUGAUGAAGGUCUAUGGGAAAACAUCCCUACAGGCUGA